AUGAUGCUUGGACCCCAUGGUUCCAAGACCAUAGCCCAUGCUUCCAAGGACAGCCCCAUGGUUAAAGAUGGUCCCCCCACUUCAAGGACAGCCCCCAUGGUUCUGAAACCAUCAUGGCCAUUCUGGAACCAUCCUGGCCGUACUCUAGAAUACCGUGGGCCGUGCUACAGAACCAUCGUGAACUCACUGGGAACCAUCAUGACCACUCACCAAGACCAUCCCGUAGGCCGUGCUGGAACCACUCCAUACGACCGUACUUCUGCAGAACCACCGGCAUUACGUCUUACUGAACCAUAUAAACCUCCCCAGAUAUCCCCAGUACCUCCCAGAUAUACCCAGUACUCCCCAGAUAUACCCAGUACCCCAGAUAUACCCCAGUACCUCCCCAGAUAUACCUCCCCAAUAUACCCCAGUACCUCCCCAGAUAUACCCCCAGAUAUACCCCAGUAUAUAGCCCCAGAUAUAUCCCCAGAUAUCUCCCCAGAUAUACCCCAACCCAGCCUCCCAGAGUACCUCCCCAGAUAUACCCCAGUACCUCCCCAGAUACCCCAGUACCUCCCCAGAUAUACCCCAGUAUCCCCCAGAUAUACCCCAGUACCUCCCCCAGAUAUACCCCAGUACCUCCCCCAGAUAUACCCCAGCCUCCCCAGAUAUACCCCAGACCCCAGAUACCCCAGUCCCAGAUAUACCCCAGGCCUCCCCCAGAUAUUACCUCCCCAGAUCGACCGCGCCCCACCCUGA